CCCCGCACACCGCCCUCCCCUUCCUCCCCUCCCUCAGUGAACGAGGCCCCUCGCACAACGGCUCCUUGGAGAGGAGGGGGGGAAGGAAAAAAAAAAAGGCGGAAAAGAAAAAAAAAAAAAAGAAAAGAAAUUAAAUUAAAUCACCGCCGCCUCUCCAGCGGUGCCGCGGCGGGUAAGGGGAGCGGCGGUGGCUGGGCAGAGAGGAGGCAGAGCGCGGGGGGCGAGCCGGGGAGCACCGCGCUCUCCCUCCCAAACUUUGAUGAUGACCAUGACUACGAUGGCUGACGGGCUGGACGCGCAAGACUCCUCCAAAUCCGCCUUCAUGGAGUUCGGGCAACAGCAGCCGCCGCCGCCGCAGCCGCCGCCGCCGCCCCACUCCCAGCAGAGCUCGCCGGCAAUGGCCGGAGCCCACUACCCGCUGCACUGCCUGCACUCCGCCGCCGGCUCGCACCCGCACCACCAGCAUCACCACCACAGCUCGCCCUACUCCGGCAGCGCCGGCUCCUACAACCACCGCUCGCUGGCCGCCUACCCCUACGUGAGCCACUCUCAGCACAGCCCUUACCUCCAGUCCUACCACAACAGCAGCGCGGCCAGCCAGACGCGGGCGGACGAUGCAGAUCAGCAAAAAACCACAGUGAUUGAAAACGGUGAAAUCAGAUUUAAUGGAAAAGGGAAAAAGAUUCGGAAGCCUCGAACCAUUUACUCUAGUCUACAACUCCAGGCUUUAAAUCAUCGCUUUCAGCAGACUCAGUACCUGGCACUUCCAGAGAGAGCUGAACUGGCAGCUUCAUUAGGACUUACCCAGACACAGGUGAAGAUCUGGUUUCAGAACAAGCGCUCCAAAUUCAAGAAGCUGCUGAAGCAGGGCAGUAACCCCCACGAAAGCGACCCUCUGCCCGGCUCCGCUGCCCUCUCCCCUCGCUCUCCAGCUCUGCCUCCAGUCUGGGACGUUUCAGCCUCUGCCAAGGGAGUCAAUAUGCCUCCAAACAGCUACAUGCCUGGCUAUUCUCACUGGUAUUCUUCUCCACAUCAAGACACAAUGCAGAGACCACAAAUGAUGUGA